AGUCACAUAAAAAGAAAAAGAUCACAUAAACAGAACGGAAUGAAUUACAUCAAAGAGAAAGUACCGUUAUGAAGUCACUUAACCAUCAUUUCGCGGGCACGGACAGACGGACGAUAGGACGCACAAUACCAAAUCUAUAUGCCCCCUCCACUCUGUUGUGGGGGCACAAAACCUGUGCGUUUUCAUCUAUAAAAACAGAUUAAAACAUUAAAUUUAUCCAUUUGUACGAAAUAAAUUCAUGUUCGUUGACACGACCGGAUGAAAAGACAACUUCAAUAAAUCUAUUUCCGCUAGUUUCAGCGUGGUACAAUAAGAAACAAACAGAUUCAUCUUCAGAUAGGUCGAAAAAUGUAAGUUUUUAUACGUUACGAGAACGCUAAGGGGUGGAUUUUUCAGCCACAACUUACGAGGACAUUUACGAAGUGUCGUAAAUAACGAGGCUUUCGAGAUAGAGAAAAUAUCUGCUACGAAUACCUUACGAACCCUUUACGAACAUUUUAGGACUGAAGGUACCUUCGAGAUAGUGGCCCCUGGAUAAUUUCUUUUGCUGUUCAGCAUAUAUCUAUUUCUGCUUGUAAAAACUACCGAGUCAACUAUUUCUUUUUAAUCACACCACGAGUGACCUGCAGAUCUCGAUAUCAAAAGAAUAGUGCAUAACAUAAGCAGCCCAUUCAUGUUAAAGAUCAAAGCGGUACACCGAAGUUUAAGAAUUUUGAUUGACAGGUAGAAGCGGUUACAUCGGGAUGUGAUGAAGAACUGUGUAUUCGAAAUAUUAGGAGUCUUAUGAAUUUAUUUCGCCAGUUAGGGUCAUUGGAUUAACAGGAUGUUUUAACUUUUAUAAAUUAUUAGGAGACGUUUAGAAAAAUUGAACCAGACAUUACCCAUUUGUGCUCAAAUGUGGAAAAAAGUAACCAAAAUGAGCGUUAGGACAACAAAAACUUCAUCAAAGUGUGUCUUAAAACUAUUCCUUAUCUUAACUUUUGUUGUGUUUGUACCUAUAAUGUUACCGUCGCUAAGGAAUGGAAACACUCGAAUCGUGGAUAAGAGAUCAACCAUGCAAGAUGUUAUGAAAGAUAUUAAGCUGGAACUAAAGAUGCCUUUGUUUGUGCCAAUUAAAACGAAAGAAAUGCAGAAUAAAGUGUUUUCUAUUGCAAAGUUUCCAUUUCUUAAUUUCACUUCUUUUAGUUUGGAACCAAAGACAGAUUGCACAAACUUGCAGCUGAUAGCAUUAAUCCAUUCUUCACCCUAUCACUUUGAACGUCGUGAAACGAUACGGCGAACAUGGACAAACCAAUUUUACUUUUCAGUGUUUGGGCCUGUUAAAAGAAUUUUUCUUUUCGGGACAGUCGAUAACGAUCAUUUGCAAAGAGCUAUUUCAACUGAACAUCAUAUUUAUGGUGAUAUUUUGCAAGGCAAUUUCAUUGAUAAUUACUACAAUUUAUCAUUUAAUACUAUGACUGGAUUAAAAUGGAUUAUAAACAGAUGUAAUAAUGUUCAAACAGUGAUGAAAGUUGAUGAUGAUAUUGUUAUUGAUAUGUUUAGAUUUCUCAACAAUACAGUUUUAACUUUAGUUCACAAAUCAAGACAAGUUUUCUGCCGUUACAGCAGAGGUAAAAUCUUUCGAAACUCUAAGUCCAAAUGGUAUUUACCUGACAGCUUAUUUGCAGGAGAAACAAAAUACCCUAGUUACUGUGAAGGUAAACUUGUUUUAAUGACGUUUGAUAUCAUAUCGUCUUUGUAUAGUGUUGCGUUGGAUACGCCAUAUUUUUUCAUAGAAGACGUGUUCAUGUAUGGUUUAGUAAUGAACAAAAUAGAAGGAGUAUCAUUUUUACAAUUAAAAUGGGGUUCUGAUAUGAUACUUAAUGGUUCUGCGGCAAGGACAUGUCUUAUGAAGAAGAAACAUAAUUGCAGUGUUUACGUAGCAGGCGUGUCGUCCGAUGAAGAAAUGGAAGAAUUGUGGUUUCUCUUUAGACAAAAAUUCAUGUCAGAUCACCUCUUCAAUUAAGCAUUUUUUAUGUAAGCAUGAUCAAAAUUAUACUGAAAUUCAAUUCCAAACACUUUCAAAUACAUUAAAAAGAACAUUUGAAUAUCUGUAACGUUGGAAUUUAGUUUUAGAAAAUUAUUGACAGGUAUAUUUUUUGUGAAUUGUGAUUUAAGUUCUAAGUCAGUUCAUUUACAAUAACUCGUUUUAAGAAUUUUGCAUGGGUUUUGCAUGGGUUUUGAAAACUCUUCUGAAACAUUUCUUUACAAAUCAUGAAUAGUUAUGCUCCGUUUUGGAAAAUGAAUUAUAGAGGAUAAUGGUUUACCAAAAUGCUAGCAAAAGGACUAGAAAAGGCAUUAUAGUUAUUCGCUGGUUGGAUUUUCUGUGCAAUCUCUGUUGUAAACUUUCCUGAGACGGUCUUUUAACUCGUUUCAUUAACGAUUGUUUGUGUGAUCGUGCAACCAAAUGAUAUCUAAAGGGGAAACAAGAAUCCAGAAUCGUUCAGUCUAUAAAAAGCUUGUUUGGAGUUCCCAAUAAGUGGAUUGUUCACCAAAAAUAAUAACCACCAAUGCCGCAGUCUAUUCUUUAACAUUAAAAUAUAUUUUUCUUUACAGUGAUUAAAAUGUAAUGUGCUCAUGUAAAUAACUGUUUGAUGCUAUGUUGAUCAGUCUUAAAUAUUCACUGAGAAUUGAUUAUUUAUUAACUGAAAAAAUAUCCUUGAGGUCACACUUACAGAUCAGAGAUCAAGGCAGUCAGAUAUUAGCUUUAUUGUAAAUGUGACAUGCAUGAAGCACCUUUUAGCAGAAAUUAUUGUACAACAAGAUUGUGUUCAAAGGGUCAGGGUCACAUUUCAGGGUCAAAGUUGGUGCCUGAUUCACUUAAAAUAAUAAUGCACAUCAUCACCUUUGUAAAAUCAGAUAUUCUGAAAAUUGAUUAGAAAAGUUUCAAGGAAUAUUUUGCAAAAUUUGCUCAUUGUACAUGUAGUUUUGCAUGAAACAUUAUUAGACAGAAACCAAUUUUUGUAUACCAUUUUAACAAAGAAAUUUAUAUUUAGUUUAAAGUAUAUGCAAGAAAGAGUGUAAUAAUCUCCGCUGACUAAUAUGCAUAUAGAUAUAUGUGUGGGUAAAACGUCAGUGAAAAUGUUAAGUUGGUCAGUGAAAGUACAUGGAAUUUCAUUUGUCCUUGUUGAUGGUAUCUUUAUCUCUGGAAAGGACUUCAAUGCAUCUUUGCUGAUUGUCUGAUUCUCUGGUAGACAAAGGUCUGACGCUUACUUCGCCUCUAUAUGGCACUUGUUACAGACCUUACAAGCUAUAUUGCUAUGUACCGAAUAAUAUUUUCAGUGCAAAAUGAUUUCCUAAGAGAUUUUGUUUUCAAUUUCAUCACAACGCCCAUCCCAAGCGCAAAUACAUUAACAAAUAAGCAUAUUUUUAGCAAAUAAGGUGGUCGUCAGGACAUACAUAAGGAUUUCACAAUGUAUUCUGCUAUUAUUAUUUAAGUUUUCUUUAAAUCACACACCAAACCGAAGAUUCUACAAUAAUUGUUUAAGCUGACAAAAACAAAUCAUUUCCAUACACAAACUAUAUUUUGUACAGACAGGCAUACAUAUGCUGUUAGUUUUAUUUCGAACGUUUGGGUAUUAUUUUCUAUGAAAUUUGUAAAUGCAAAAUAAAUGUAUUAAACGUAGUGUUCUCCUUUUUAGUACAUCUUAAAUCAGAUGUGCCCGAUUGGGCAACCAACGGAAAAAAAUCAUAGUCAUUAAUAAAAUUGAUUCAUCUAUAUUGUAAAAUAAGUUUGAGCACAAUAUCUUUUUUUCCAAAAGUCAGUAAUUGUUUUAACAAUGGGGCAAAAGUUAUCAUUUAUUAUUAUUUAAGAAUAUUUUAAAAGUUAAGAUAGCCGCUUAGAUAUCUUAAAUCUUAGUGAAAAGUGCAUGUUUCUUAGAAAUUUCUUAGCAAACUUACGUUUAAAAGGUUUUGUGAAAAGGAUUUAAGAAUGUUUCUUACAACUAAGCUGGAAAUUGUUAAAACUCAGAAAAUUCUUAGAUUUAAGAAAAAACAUAAUAUUUAAGAAUUUGUUUUUAUCUUAGUUGCUUCGUGAAUACGGCCCCAGAUUAUUUUCUAUUUUUUUAAUUGUAUUAUCUCGAGAUUGUAGUCUUUAACUAAAUUUUGAGUUUUUUAACGUCGAUCGCCUCGAAACAGAAUCACUGAGUUUAUUGGGGUUUCCAAGAUUAAUUAUUUAAUGUCCUUUUAUUGUCAUUUUUUUGUAUCUGUGGAUCUAUGAUUCUCUUUUAACAUACUUGAAUUGUUGUCUGGCAGCAUAUCUACUUAAGUUAGUAUCACAUUUAGUUUUCGAGUCGUCAGGUCUUAAAGAUGUAGUAUUAUUAAAUAUUCCUAUUUAUAUGAUUAAAAUAAAGUAUUAUACAACUUUCCAUAAUAGCUUCUAACAAUUAGUUUUCUUGGCUUAUCGAAAUAAAGAAAGUCAUAUUUUUUGUUGCUUCUUUGUAUUUGUCUUUGUCAAUGUUCUGUUAUUUUGAUAUCAUAUCUGUUUUAUUUUUACUUGAGCAUUCAAAAAAAAAAAAAAAACAACAACAAAAAAAACCCUAAUAAUAAUAAAAUAAAAUGAGAACAAUUAAGUCCUGUAUCGUUUUGAAUUUUGUAAAAUGACUGAUUAAGGAGGCCGGUUACCUUGUUACCAGAAGCAAUUGUAUUUCGUGUAAGUUAAUGUUUUAGCUGCUAAAAUCUCAAGUUCGUUUAUUUAUAUCCCAUUGAGUUUUAUUUAGGUUUUAAGAACAUGACCUUCAACAUGUUUUUCAUAUUAAAAUAGGAAGGAAAAUACGGAUAAACCUUUCAGUGUAUUUCGAUUUCACUAUUAUCAGUAUAAAUCUACGCAGCAUUUAAUUUUAUCAGUAUGCGCGUUAGCUUUCUAAAAAAAGUUUAAAAACUUUCUGUCGCGGGGCUCGUGUUUCCAUGGUAUUGGAUUGUCUGUCAUUUUUAAACAACUACGCAGGGAAACGUUUUUUGUUUUCUUUUUUUCUACGGCUUCAGUGCCAUUCUGUUAAUGAUCAACAUGGAAUAUUAGGGUAAUAUUAUAAGCAGAAUACUCAACAUUUUACAUUGUACCAUACUUAUCUUAACUUUUAAAGUUACCAUGGCAACAGAUACGUUAAGAAUAUCAUAUAUCCUGCUUUUUAUCGAAGUUUCUUUGAAAAUUAUUAAAUAAAAUUACUGUUCUCGUUUAAAGACGUAUCCGGGAGUUGUCAAUGCAGAUCUUUUUGCGCAUUCACUUUUAACUUACAAAGAAGGGAAAUUUGAAUUAGUGGAGAGAAUUUUUUUAAACUUUGCAAGAUCAUAGAGCAUCAUAUUAGAAACAAAUUUAUGAAAAAAUUGGGGGUCCCCAUGAUACUUUUUGAGCAAGGGCAGAUAACGCCAAAUCUAGCAAACUUAUUUCAUUUCACAUUAUUUUUGUUAUUACAUUUCCAGUCAUUAAGCAAAUUUUUUUACCAUUCUACAAAACAGAAUUGUUGCUGUAUUUCAUUGAGUAAACAUUCUGCAUUUGUCUUGAAAAUAGGGGGAUAAUUUGAAUACAUUUUUAUUUGCUUGCGUAAGCGAAUAUGGAAUAAGAUUCGUCUCAUAGAAAUAAAGAAACAAACACAAAUCGGAAAUCAAUUAAAGUGUAACUAACCAUUACAUUGAGUUAUCUGCCCUUGAAAAUGAUCUAAAAGAGCAAAAAACUCGCAUUUAGAGGCAGAUAAUUCCAAAAAAAUUGUUUCUAAUAUGAUGUUCUAUGAUCCUGCAAAGUUUAAGAAAAUUAUCUCCGCUAAUUGCGAUUUUCCUUAUUUUGCCUAUAUAACAACUCCCGGAUACGUCUUUAAUGUAGCUUCAAAACAUUUUAUUUCUAAAGUAAGUAAUAUGUUCAUAUUGUUUGCAUUUAUUUGAACAAAUUUCAAAGCUUAAAAUACUUACAACAGUACUCCUCACCUGACAUUUCAAUGGAAAAGUCGUUGUGCUUGCAAUUAUGAUUCUCAUGACUAAUGUUGAAAUAAAAAUGAAAAGCUGAA